AUGGACAGAAGUUGCAAUCUUCUCUUUGCUCUUGCAGUUUUCAUUCUGCUUCAUCACCAUACUUCAAUGGCUAAGUUUCCCAAUAUCAGCACUGAUGAAGCUGCUCUUCUUGCCUUGAAAUCUCACAUUUCUUCUUCUGAUCCUAACAAAAUCUUAGCAACUAACUGGUCUUCUUCCAGCCCAGUAUGCAACUGGAUUGGAAUCACUUGCAGCUCUCGCCACCAUAGAGUCGCAGCUUUAGACAUUUCAAGCAUGCAACUUCAUGGUACCAUUCCGCCACACCUUGGAAACCUCUCAUUUCUAGUUUCCCUCGACAUCAGUAACAACGCUUUUCAUGGGGAUUUGCCUGAAGAGUUGGCUCAUUUGCAGAGAUUGAAACUGAUUAAUGUCACUAGCAAUAACUUUACUGGUAUCAUACCAUCAUUUUUAAGUUUGUUACCCAAACUUCGCUUUGUGUACCUUUCCAGCAAUCAAUUCUCUGGAGAAAUCCCAUCUUCCAUUUCCAAUCUAACAAAGCUGGAAGUGUUAAGAAUAAGGGAAAAUUUCCUUGUAGGAGAGAUCCCUCGAGAACUCGGUGAUCUCCGUUGCAUGACUUUCUUAGACCUGCAACGCAACCGACUUACUGGCUCUAUACCACCAACAAUAUUUAACAUUACAUCAAUUCAACGCAUUGCUCUUACUGGCAACAAUCUCGCUGGUAAGCUUCCAACAACUAUAUGUGACCAUCUUCCAAACUUGGAAGGACUUUACAUCUCGUUCAACUACCUCAAUGGAGUUAUUCCACCAAACUUAGAAAAAUGCAGAAAGCUUCAACUCUUGUCAUUGUAUGAAAAUGAAUUCAUUGGAACUAUACCAAGAGAAUUAGCCAACUUAACAGCUUUGAGAGGAUUAGCUCUUGGAUCUAUGCAUUUGGAAGGUAGUAUGAUAUUUCCUUACAAAGAAAUCCGAAAUUUUCUCCCUUUUUUUCUCUUCGACCAAGCUGGUACUGAUAUAUUUCCCCCACUUGACAGGAGAGAUACCAGUGGAGCUAGGAUACCUUAA